AUGGCGUGCUUUCUUAUACCUCCAUGUCUCUCGCUUUUUUACGCUAUCGAGGAGUUAAAGAAUGAAUGGCCCCUGGUGGAGUCGGCCUUCCAAAAGCAUGGCAUGUCAUGCAAACUCAAUCUGGAUGAGGGUACCCUAACAGUCGCAACAACCCCAAUGACCAGGGGUGCAGAUAUCAUCAACAAGACUAUGGACCUCCUUGUUCUUUUGGCUUUGCUUCCUGUUCCACCAUCAGCGGCUGUCGACAUACUGAGUGGCAAGCGGCUUUAUGACAUCAUCUGGACUUGCGAUUCUAAUGGUGGUCUUGCCUCUCAACUUCCCUUGCGGAGUCGGAUGCGUUAUUUUUCACGGAUGAGAAAGCUUCGCCGCAGCAUCAAGGACCUUAUGUGUCUAACUGGUUGCCCCAUCUUCUAUAAUCUGGGAAUUUGUGUCGCUCUCUUUGGCCAUCAACCUCGAUCAUUAGUGCUGGUCAGGAACGUUGUGUCAUCCUGCAUUUUUUACAAUCAAGAUCCUGCAACUAUUAUCAGGUUGAAAACCUUGGGUCGUCAAAGGAACGCACAGUCGACAGUCAAUCUUGAGAUGGACGCUUAUGGGUUUGAAACUGCUCCCGGAGUAGAUAUUACAUUCUGUAUUGCCAACUACAUGUCCAAGGCACCAGUACUUGAACACCAAAAGUUGGAGCGUGUGAAGAAGAAGUAUCUAUUUGGCCCUUCGGUGAACAAAGAUGGAAUGUUUGUGUGUGGUUCAUACUUCCUUAAAAAGCGAGAACAAGAUGUUGUAGAAGCUUGGCCAAUGUUAAAAUCGGUUUUAGAAGAGUAUGGCAUUACUUGCACGAUGUAUCAGGAAUGAUGGGUGUGUGUGCCAAAAGAUGUGAUGAGUUUGAUGUUAAGGAGCAUAGUGAUGGGUUUGAUGUAGGCAUUGUUACUUCUGUUGAUAUGCAUGAUUUGGAUGCUAGCCUUGGUUUAGAUGUCAGUAGUAAACCAAUGGUUCCCAGUAUGCAUGUUGAAGGUGCAGCCGGUAUGUCUUGGUCCAAGAUUAUAUUGCUUAGAGACCAAUCUGCUGAAGAAAAGUUUAUAGAAAAUCCUAUAGCUACUAUGCAAUCUACUGUUCAGUCCCAUAGAUACAGAAAAGUCAUUUGGUAAAGUCUGGAAAUACUUGCCUAUUCAAAUGGCUCUAACUUUGCAAGCUUCGUUGAACCGGAUCAAAGAACUGUAAAUGUGCCAUUUCAACACCUCCACGAGUACACCAUGUUGGCGAUUGGAAAUAAUAUGAGGAUUAAUGGUGUUCAUGAUUGUAGUAGUCUUCAGCCACUAGCAUGGUGCAUUUCCAACCCAUUUUCAGAUGAUAACCCUUACAUCUUAUCAAUUGUUGUUCUUUGUGGCUUUGGUUUUGCUAUACCAGGAAGCAUUGAAGUAACUUUCGUAG